UUCAGCUAACCAUUGCACACAUCGAUCUUUUCCGAUCAAAAUUUUCAGAAAACUGAUUAAGGGUCGAUAUUUAUAGGGAGACUGAUUAGUAAUUAGGUGUAUAUAUAUACAUGGAGAGUGCGGAUUCGUCGACGGGGUCGCAGCAGCCGAACCUGCCGCCGGGGUUUCGGUUCCACCCGACGGACGAGGAGCUGGUGGUGCACUACCUGAAGAAGAAAGCGGCUUCGGCUCCCCUCCCGGUGGCGAUCAUAGCCGAGAUCGAAUUGUACAAGUUUGAUCCAUGGGAGCUCCCGGCAAAGGCCACGUUCGGCGAACUCGAAUGGUAUUUCUUCACUCCAAGGGACCGGAAGUACCCGAACGGGGCUCGGCCCAACCGGGCAGCGACUUCUGGAUACUGGAAGGCAACCGGGACCGAUAAGCCCAUACUCACCUCCGGCGGAACUCAAAAGGUCGGGGUGAAGAAAGCACUUGUGUUCUACGAAGGGAAGCCGCCAAAAGGGAUCAAAACCAGCUGGGUCAUGCAUGAGUAUAGGAUAGCCGAUCACAAACCGAGCUCGAAGCCACCAGGUUUCCUUGCUGGCCACAAUAAAGGCUCCUUGAGGCUUGAUGAUUGGGUGCUAUGCCGAAUCUACAAGAAGAACAACACACCAAGGCCAGUGGACCACGAAAUGGAUGAUUCCAUGUGCAAUAUGCUUUCAACCUUAGCACACCCAAAACCACAACCACAAUUGAAAGCCACAAGCUACAGCCCAAUGCUCGAAAACGCCCACAACAUGCUCGAUGAAAUGCUAGACAACCAAGGAAGUAUCAACCACCACGCUGGUUCUCUCUCAAUGGUCACUUCCGGUACUUCUAAUGCUCUGCCCUUGAAACGGGCACUCCCGUUGGUGUACUGGGCCGAUGAGGACGAGGGUGGUACAAAGAGGUUCAAUGAAGGUACGCGUAAUGGAAGCAUAGGAAGGACAGAUGAUCAGAACCUGAAUUCUAUCGCCACUCUGCUAAGCCAAAUCCCACAAGCCACCUUAUUGCAGCAGCAAACAGUGGUGGGGGAUAUGGGGGUUUUUCAACAACCGUAUCAACUCCAUGGCUUGAGUUGGUACUCUAAUUAGAACAGUAUUUGGAGGUGGCCGGGUUACCGGGUAUAGCAUAGAUGCAUAGUAUAUGUCUAUAUGAUACAUAGUAGCUUGAAGUCUGCAGAGGAAGAUGUAGAUAGGUAUUAUAUUGCUAUACUACAAAUAUGUGAAAAUUUCUUUUUAUUA